AUGGCAUUGUGUCUGGCACGACCUGGGUCCCACCCUCAUAUUGAUGUGUCAAUAGCAAAGCGCGAUAACCCACUUACUUCUCUUUUAUCGGUGCUGUCAGGUGCGCUUGGGGUUGGAGGCAACAAUUCGGAAUUGGACUCGGAAACGCCUAAUCCUCAAGGAAGCGGUAGGCCCCGGGCGAACGCAGCAUUGGAAAGAACACUGACGCACUAUGCUGGAUACGCUGAAGCGACCUAUGAACUGACCGGAAAGCCAUGGAGCUGCCAGACAUGCCAGAAGCCAGAAUUCCAAGGAACUAUCGUCGAUGUCUACUGGGAGAACGCCAUUAACGGCAGCACCGGGUAUAUCGCUCACAAUCCAAAAGAGAAGCUUAUCGUCAUCUCGUUCCGUGGUUCUAAGGAGCUGAGCGAUUGGAGAGAUUCACUCAAUAUUGACCUGGUUCCAUGGCCUGCAAGCAUCCCUGGGUCUCAGGUAAUGGCAGGUGUUCAUGAAGGGUACGCGUCACUCGAACCUCGGAUCAUUCCCUAUGUUGCUAGCCUCGCGGAGCGGUAUCCUGACUAUGCAAUACUCGCUACUGGGCAUUCAUUAGGCGGGGCCCGCGCAUCAUUGUGCGCACUGGAUCUCAGCAUCCAGCAUCCACAACUAGUGAGCAGACUACGCUUAUACACGUAUGGAAUUCCAAAGCUAGGCAACUCUGAGUUUGCUAAUGCAAUCAGCAGGCUUGGGAUUCCCGCUUAUCGUGCCGUGAACCGAGGUGAUUUGGCUCCACACCUUCCAAUCGGUUUGUCAGAUUAUGUGCACUUUGGCACAGAGGCUUGGAUUAGAGACAGUGGCGUUACGGUUUGUAAUGGGCCUACGAGUGGCCAGUGUUCAGACACCCUGCCGCCACUCAGCCUCAACCUGGUCGACCACUCUAGUUACCCUGGCAUGGUGUAA